AAAAAAAAGGAAAAAACCGUUUCUUGAUUUCGCGCGCUUCUGUUUUGCUGAGAUAUCUGAGAGAUGGCAUCUGUACACAGCAUCACACCUUGCCAUAGAUUUCUCGAAAUCUCAAAACCAAUCUGCCAAACACGCCCCAAUCUUCUAAUUCCUGUAAAUGGGCUCUCAGGCUCCUCCCUCCACCUCCUCUCCACCCCCAACAAAGCUCCAAGAUCCAACCUUUUCUGCAGAAACCCGAGGAAUUGGAAGAUUGGUUCCGUCGCGGAUGAGCUCGACGUGAUUCCGGUUCAGAGCAGCGAUUCGACCGACCAGCAGGACGGAGGAGCAUCAGCCCACAUCGUCCGAGAGGAGGAGAUUGAGAGUGUAAACCAGGUCGGUGGCUUCUCCAACGAGGGGCGGUUCUCUUUUGAGGGCGCAGGUGGGGAUUUUCAGGGAUUCUCGUCCUCUUCGGCGCCGUUGGGGGAGGAGGGAGAGGUGGAGGAUUUCGACCGCUUCUUUGAUAGGGCGAUUAACACGACGAUUGUUCUCGCAGCCGGCACUUUCGCCAUCACCAAGUUGCUCACCAUCGACCAGGAUUACUGGCAUGGAUGGACACUUUUUGAGAUACUUAGGUAUGCGCCCCAGCAUAACUGGAGUGCUUAUGAGGAAGCUCUAAAAACCAACCCUGUGCUAGCCAAGAUGAUGAUUAGUGGGGUGGUUUACGCUCUUGGAGAUUGGAUUGCACAGUGCUAUGAAGGGAAACCUCUUUUCGAAUUCGAUCGGGCUCGCAUGUUCAGAUCUGGACUUGUUGGGUUUACAUUUCACGGUUCCCUUUCUCACUACUAUUACCAAUUCUGUGAGGCUCUUUUUCCCUUCCAGGAUUGGUGGGUAGUUCCUGCGAAGGUUGUGUUCGAUCAAACAGUGUGGGCUGCAGUGUGGAACAGCAUCUACUAUGUUCUCUUGGGAUUCUUGCGUUUUGAAUCACCAGCCAAUAUAUUUAGUGAGCUCAAGGCAACAUUUUGGCCCUUGCUAACGGCAGGAUGGAAGCUUUGGCCUUUUGCUCACUUGAUUACCUAUGGUGUAGUACCGGUUGAACAAAGGCUUCUAUGGGUGGACUGCGUGGAGCUUAUCUGGGUGACCAUACUCUCAACUUACUCGAAUGAGAAAUCCGAAGCAAGGAGUUCAGAAGCAUCUUUGGAGACAAAUGCCAAAUCUCCCUCAAGUGAAACCAAGGAAUUAAUGUGAUGACGAUGUCAGAUUAAAGGAAUAUAGCCUGUAUCUAUGCUCUGUAAGUAGCCAAACUACCUGUGAAGAUAGUGCCAUUGCUCAAACAGACCGAGAUCUGGUCGUGACGGACAAUGCAGCUGCGCCGACUGCUAUGGUUUCGCUGCACACUUUCAUUCAAGAUGUGUAUGCCAUGUAACAGUAUCUACCUUUCAUCCACAAUGUAUCCAUCAGUAUCGUUUAUAUCAUAGUCCUCAAAUGUAAUCUAGAAGAUUAUAGUAAUUAGUAGUUUAGACAUUUCA